AUGGUCGGUAUUGGACAGACAAUGUCUGCAUCAAAUCAAAAUCCGGGGACAAGAUCCAGCGGCGCUGGGAACAACAGUCGGCCGUCCAGCAAAGAUGGCCCGAAGAAGAAUAUCUGGUCGUCCAUGCUUGAUAGCGCUGCGACCGGGAAGCGCCUACCUGAGAAGAACCUGUUAAUCCUUGGAGGUACCCCCGAAAGCCAGAGGGAAUUCCUAGAGACGUUUACGGCAGAUACAUCGGAUCCCAGCUUAUCGAGUGAAAAGCGAAAAGGGAAGUUACCUCCUGUCGCCAAUCAGUUCGCUCUGGGAUAUACGUACUUGGAUGUGUUGGACGCAGACCAAGAAGAUACAUUGGCGCGCGUAUCUGCAUAUCUUCUUUCGGAGCCCUCGUUAUCCUUCGCACCCCUCCUCAAACCGCUUUUGACGCCGCAGUCCAUCCCCGAAACUUUGGUUGUGGUUCUUCUAGACUGGUCAGACCCUUGGACAUGGGUAAGGCGGCUCAGAGAAUGGGUUCGCCUCUUACGGCAUGUUCUCAUUUCGCUUGAUGACGAGACCAAGAUUGUGCUGGAGGAGAAUAUGACGGAGUGGAGGGACCGGAAAAGGGGGCUUGAUGCUGCUGCUGCGGGAUCACAGGUGGCUAGCUCCGGAGGCCCGGUCACGAUACCCUUGGGCCCCGGCGAGUGGGAUGAAGGGCUGGGAAUCCCAGUUUGCGUUGUUUGUCAAGGGGCGGACAAGAUUGAAAAACUGGAGCGAGAUCAUGGCUGGCAUGAAGAAGGGUUUGACUUCAUUCUUCAGUUCCUGAGAACAUUACUAUGGCGCAUCUCUCAUCUAUACCACACCUUUCCUCGCAAACUCUCUUCAAAGCCUACUACAUUCUUCCCUCGGCAUACACUCUCUUCUGAAACGACAGUCCCUCAAACAUAA